AUGUCCAUCUUCUCCUCCCUCCGCUACUGCACGCAGUCGGACCCCUUCAACUACACGAACCUGUACUUUGCCCUCGGCUUCAUCCCCCUCGGUCUCUUCUUCGACUUCAUGGACGGCAAAGUCGCCCGCUGGCGCAAGAAGGCGUCGCUCAUGGGCCAGGAACUCGAUUCCUUGGCUGACCUCGUCUCGUUUGGCGUUAGCCCCGCCGCUGCUGCCUUCUGUCUCGGUCUGCGCACACCCGUCGACCACCUACUCCUGAGCUUCUUCGUGCUCUGCGGUCUUACACGUUUGGCCAGGUUCAAUGUCACCGUUGCUAUGGUGCCAAAGGAUGCGACGGGCAAGAGCAAGUACUUUGAGGGCACUCCCAUUCCCAUGUCGCUGGGUAUCGUGCAAGUUAUGGCGUAUUGGGUGUACAAGGGCUGGACGCUGGAACAGGUUCCCAUGGGCCUUUGGCUUGAGGGCACGGCGUUUGAGUUUCAUCCCGUUGUUGCCAUGUUCAUCCUUCAUGGAUGCUUGAUGGUCAGCAAGAGUGUUAAGAUUCCCAAGCCCUAG